AUGUCAGUAAUGAAACAUAUCCCCAUUCCUUCUGCUUUCACAAUCAGUAGAAAUAUAAGAAGGUUCAACAUGGCUGAAAAUGAUAGGAAAAUAUUCUUCUCCUUCAAUUUAUUUUCCAUUCUUAUAUCCACAUUUCCAAUUAUUUACAUGUAUAAUGCCAACUACAAAAUGUGUGAAGAAAACGAUAUCAUAUAUAACAAACUAUGUCACCCCGGAUUUAAAGUUACAAAUAGCAUAUUCACAAAAUAA